AUGAGAACUUUAGUUAUUGUUAUGGUUUUUCAAUGCCUUCUACUGCCUGUAUUUUGUGACAAUGAAAACGCCUUAAAAUGUGCCUUAGACAAAGGCCCAUGCUCUCCAGAGGAGCUAGAAAUUAAAAACGGCCUAGAAGUUUUAUUAUAUGACCACUGCGCCAAAUGUAGUCAACAAAUAAUAAAAAUGAUCGAAUCUUUUUUGAAGUACCUAGUUGGUAAGCCUGAAUUUGACGAGUUUAUCAAACUGUAUGAGUUAGAUGAUGAGGAGGUAAAACAUUUGGAAGAUGUUGCAAAAAAUGGCCACAAACUUCGUGUGUAA